AUGCUUAAAGAUAUUGCUAACAUAGUUAAAGUAGAAUUUGAUUAAGAAAAAAAGACUAGGUAUUAUUAUUAUAUGUUAAUAAUACUAGAGAGUAAUCAGAGGAACAUCCUUUAAGUUUACUAGAGGAUACUUGCAAUACAAUAAGUAUUGCUGCAAAUUGA